CUGGGCCGAGGAUCCGCUUUGUCGCCGUCCACGUGGCAGCGCCGCCGGGCGGCGGGCGGGGCCGGGGCCGCCCACAGGCGGGCCCUUUAGGGCGGCGCGGCCUGGGCGGCUGUCGGAGGAAGUGCGGGGCGGGGAGGUGCCGCUGCUCCCGCCGCCGCCGCCGACUCUCCGCCAACUUCGCGCCAAGCGGGCCGCGCCGCGGCCGGGCCGGGAUGCGCCCGCCGGUGCUGCUGCUGCUGCCGGUGCUGCCGGCGCUGCUGGGGGCCGCGGGGGCCGCGCGGGCCGAGCUGCGGGUGCGCGUGCGGCUGCCGGGCGGCCGGGUGGCCGAGGAGCGGCUGCAGGCGGACAGCGCGGGCGACAGCGUGGGCCUGGAGCUGCGGGAGCCCGACGGCGCCCUGGUCUCGCUCACCGCCGACUUCAGGAAGCACGUGAAGAUCCUGCGGGCGCUGGUGCUGGGGGAGCAGGAGAAGGGCCAGCGCCACUUCCAGGCACUCUGCUUCCUCACCCGUCUGCGCGACCAGGACAUCAUCCCCAGCGAGGCCAUGGCUAAGCUCCGGCAGAAGAACCCCCGUGCGGUGCGUCAGGCGGAGGAGGCUCGGGGCCUGGAGCGGCUGCACAUGGACGUGGCCGUGAACCUGAGCCAGGGGGCCCUGCUGAGCCCCCACCUGCACACCGUGUGUGCGGAGGCCACGGACGCCGUCUACACCCGCCAGGAGGACGUCCGGUUCUGGCGGGAGCAAGGUGUGGACAGCUCCAUGUUCAAGGCUCUGCCCACGGACACAGAACAGGCGCUGCCUCGCUGCGGGCAGGCGGGGGACCGGGGCGCGCCCUGCGUCUGCCACUACGGCCUGCGCCUGGCCUGGUACCCCUGCAUGCUCAAGUACUGCCACAGCCGGGACCGCCCCGCGCCCUACAAGUGCGGCAUCCGCAGCUGCCAGAAGAGCUACGGCUUCACCUUCCUGGUGCCUCAGCGGCAGCUGUGCCCCUGGGGCGAGGACCCCUAGUGGGGAGCGCGGGGACUCGGCACACUCCCCGCCCCCAGGCCUUACUCCCCGCCCCUCUCCUCAGCCCAGAGCCUGCGAAGAGGGGGUGGUGUGCGGGGCAGCGUGACUGCAGCCCCUCCCCUGUGUCUGACGGAAGGGGCUCUGCACACUGCACCCCUCCUUCAGCCCCCCAAUUUCACGCCACCAAUGCCAGCCUGUGAUUCUCCUGUUGAACUCUGCAGGUUUAGACCCCACAAAGUGCCUUUUCCUGGGCCCGCCCCCAGCAGCCACCGUGCCGUCCGGCAGAGGCCUGGCCACGGGCCGGCACCUCGCCCUCUGAGCCGAGUCCUGUCUGCCGGCUCUGGGAUGGGGGAGCGUGACGAUGAGGAAAACUUGAAUUUUUAGUGCGAAGUAUUUAUCGUUUCUACCAGAAAUUAAACGUUUCCACUUCUACUUGA